AGCGAAAUGAUACCGAUGAAGCAAAUAAAAUCUUAUCUGUUUCACCAACUUAUGUUAAUCUCAGCGAUUUUAUCUAUGAAUCAUGUAUUACAUUGAACUCUGAUGAUACCAGGUCUGGAAGUACUAGUGAUUCUGAAGACCCAGGAAUUAUUGUACGAACAAUCACUUUAGAUUCUUUUGAAACAAGUCUUGAAUGUUAUGAAAAAGAAAAUGAGUUUAAACCAAUAAAAGAGCGGCGAGAUAUGGAUACUAAAACUGGAAAUAUCAUUCGUUGGU